AUGUCCGAUUCAUUCCAGAACAACAACUUCCACAACAGCAUGAUGCCUUUUGCGCACUCAGACUUCACUCAACACCAGUCGCCGGCCUCCCCAGGUACACUAUCCUAUGGGCAGCUUUUUGAGUUCAAUCCCCGUUCCCCAACUCCAGCUGCUUCCCCCUAUGGUCAGCCUUUUACCCUAUCAUCUGGAACCAGCAAUUGUGCUUCAUCUUCAAACCCGCUGAAGAGACAAAUCUCAUCAGCCUCGCUAGAACCAAGCACCCCCGUUGCGACAGGCUCUCGGAAGAAAGCGAAAGCUGGUCCUGUGAAGGAGAAGCCGGUGGGGAAGAAGCCGAAGAUUAAAGCUUCCGCAGAGCUUGAUGUGGAUGCUAUAGGUAGCAGCCGGAGUAACAAGAGAUGGUCCAACGAGGAGCUUCAGGUCCUGUUGGAGUUCCUGCGAGACAAGAAGAAAGAGAGCACUAGCGAAGGUGCCUUCAAGUCGGAGGUCAUGACCAAGGCCACGCGCGAGGUCAACGACUGGCGCAAGACGAAGGACCUCGAUCCACGAUUGAAGAGGGCUAUCAGCGAGACGUACUCGAAGCUCUGCACCGACUUCAGGCUCCUGGUUCAGCUCCGCGAAGGGAAAGGAAGCUCUGGUUGGGGCUGGGACCACGAUAAGAACAUCUUCGACAUUGCGCCACCGGUCAAAGAGGAGUACCUGAAGUCUCAUCCGAAACACGCUAGGCCCAGUGCUGUAGAAGAGAGCACGCAAGAGAACCUCAGUGACAUCGGCUCGGAGCAGGACGAGGAUGCCGAAGGUGAGGAGGUUGAACGCUCUUCAGUGCUGGCACCGGACAGCGACGAUGAGGGAGAGCAGGACUCUGAUGAUGGAGAGGUGAUCGAAGUAGUACCACCUGCGAAGCAGAAGAGACACUCUGCUGUCGCCACGCCAAGAAAGGAGGCCCCGAGCCGAGCAAGCAAGCUUUCAGGACCAGAAGCCAUGCAGCAGCAUGGUCAAAACCUCCAAUUUGGAUUGGAUCGUCUGGCAACGAGCCUUAUGAACGAUGUCGAUCGUGCUAGCAGGAACGAACUGUCUUCUCUCCUUGAGGACGUUAACUCUUCGCAGCUAUUCUCCCCUGAUAGCGAAGAUGACAUUUACGAGAUGCUCUGUAGCCAGCCUCGUGUGUGCGACUUUGUCAUGGCAUUAAAACCAAAAGACAGAAGAAUGCGAUUCUUGCAGAAUCAUCUCAACAAGCAACGAGGAGGGUUAUCUCAGCUUUUGGAAUAA